UUUUAUUUUACAAUGUAUAUAACAGUAACAAUCGUAAAAAGUAACUUGUUCAGAUACGCGUAGGUCGUAAUUCCAUAUAAAUACGUGGAAGCUAAUAAAAUUUAAUAGUGGAUGGCGGUCGCACACCAGUGAAUCAGCGAGGGAAGAAUGAGAGAGGGACAGGAAGCGAGAGAGAGAGAUUGUAAACGGUUGUCAACAAGUAGCAAAGACUUGUACUCGCAGAACGGACGAGUUUAGGAUGGUCAGAGAAACGGGAGAGUCGAAUCGAACGUAAGCCGCGUCUCUUCUGGCCUCUUCUCUCUAUCUUCUUUUAUGCAAGCGUGACGCGUGUCCAGGGAAUAAACUGCCGAAAGUGUAUAUUGUCGGAAGUAGCGCGAGGGAGACGCACGAGAGACGUCGAGAGAAACGAGCCCUCCUCCUGCCCGAAACACACAAGACUUUGAUGAAUGUCUGAGAGUGACUACGAUUCAGCGAACGAGUACACAAGCCUGAUGGACGGUCACGUCGCGGAGUCUCGCACGGACGACCUGAUCCUGGGCAACGAGCGUCGGAAGGGCCGCUCCAGAAGUGCCAACGAAGAGGUGGAGAAUGGGAUUCCCGAGGUGCACAUCGAGACGCCAGGCACGGCUGUCGCCCGAUCGAACAGACGCGGCACGUCCGGUAGCAGUAAUCAAAACAGACUGAGGCACUACAGGGAGGAGGAGGAGGAGGAGGAGCUGAAGUACGGCGCGGCGCAUGUGAUCAAACUCUUCGUUCCCGUUUCGCUGUGUAUGCUGGUCGUGGUGGCCACCAUCAGCUCAGUCCAUUUCUACACGACCAAGGGAAUGUACUUAGUAUACACUCCGUUUCACGAGGACAGCGCCGACACGAGUACCAAAGUCUGGCAGGCGUUCGCCAACUCGCUGAUUCUCAUGAGCGUCAUUGUGUUUAUGACUGUGAUACUUAUCAUCCUUUACAAAUACAGAUUUUACAAAGUCAUACACGGCUGGCUGAUUAUAAGCUCUCUACUGUUGCUUUCAAUGUUCUCCGCUCUGUAUUGCGAGCAAGUGUUGAAAGCUUAUAACAUUCCAAUGGAUUUCUUCACACUGUGUAUAGGCUUGUGGAAUUUCGGCGUGGUCGGAAUGAUUUGCAUUCACUGGAACGGCCCGUUGCAACUUCAACAGGCAUAUCUGAUCUUCAUCUCCGCCCUGAUGGCGCUCGUUUUCAUCAAGUAUCUACCCGAAUGGACGGCGUGGGUUGUGCUCGGUGUCAUAAGUAUUUGGGACUUGAUUGCGGUUUUAACACCGAAGGGUCCACUAAGGAUACUCGUGGAAACGGCGCAGGAGCGAAACGAAUCUAUUUUCCCUGCUCUAAUAUAUUCUUCCACCAUCUUAUACUCGUUUACCGUCACUUACGCCGGGUACGUGCAAGCAGCUACAAUGGCGUCCGGAGACACCGCGGAGUCUCCCACGCGCGGUCAGGCGGACAAUCAAAAUAAUCAAGCGUCAGGCGACACGGAAGAGGGAGGUUUCACUCCCGAAUGGGUAGAGACGCACGACGAGCGUAGCACGCGGCGCGCCCAAGAGGUACGCGAGAACUCGGUCGCGACUAGGGAAAGCGCGAGACAGCAGGACAGUCGUCCGCAAGGACAAGGAGGCGCCGCGGCCGAGGAGGAACGCGGGGUCAAGCUGGGCCUCGGGGAUUUCAUCUUUUAUAGCGUGCUCGUUGGAAAGGCGUCCAGCUACGGGGACUGGAACACCACGUUGGCUUGCUUCGUCGCUAUUCUUAUUGGCCUCUGUCUGACACUGCUGCUGCUGGCCAUAUUCAAGAAAGCGCUGCCCGCACUACCGAUUUCCAUCACGUUUGGUUUGACGUUUUAUUUUGCCACGAGAGUGAUUGUUGCGCCGUUUGCCGACAGUUUAGCGAGCGAGCAAGUGUUUAUUUAAAAAUUGAGGUAUGACAAGCUAUUAUUUAGUAUAUUAUUUAGUAUAAUUUAUUGCAAAAAUCGAAUAUCGAGGGAAAUAUCAAUGCCCGUUUAUUUACGUUUUGUUAUCCACCGUACCAUCUUUAAUUAUCGUGUUUCUCGAAUUCUGGUCUAUUUCUUUUAAAAAUAUCAUUCACGGAAAUUCACAUUUCUGUGUACUUUUUUUGGGGAGGGAAUUUUUUAAACAAAUCGAAACGAAAAGUACCUACACUUUUAGAUGUUUAUCAGAUAAUCAAGUGUAUCAAGUGUGUGGUUAUGUGGGUGUAUGUAUGCGUGCCGUAAAAUGCUCAGAAAAGAGAAAUAGUAAUUUAAAUUUCGAAUGUAGGACAAAGGAGUAGAAUAGAGAACGAUAGAGGAUGUAAUAUUACUUAGUAUUUUUCUAUGCGAAGCGAAUUCACGAGAAGCCGCGCCUCGUUGCGAAGAUCAGGCGAAAUUUACACUUUCAUCGCGGCGAUUAUAUGUGAUACACAGACGGCAGGAGAAAUGCGCUGCAUAUUAUAACAAUUUAUUGUACUCCAUUGUUACACUUAUGGAACAUAUAGGUCUCGUAGGUUCGUGUAUAAAAAAAAUGGAUAACGAUGAAAUCGUACGAAACGCGAGGUAAUGUCCGUUGGAAUAAGUAAUAACUGCCUCGUUAUACGACACAUCUUUCGAUUAGUAAUUCGCAGUAUUGCACCUUCGAAAAGCGGUGCCGUCGCUCUAGGAGCGUCGAGUUCGCUGUUUACUAAUUAUUAAUCGUUAGCCAGGAUGAAUCUGAUGAGGUUUUCUCGAGUUCAGGUUUACACACAGCCAUGGAAUAAAUACCUUUUUUUUUUUUAAUCGUACUACCGAAAAGCAUAUUUAUCAUACUUGUGGCGCUUAGUGUUUUUUUUUAUUAUAUAGAUUUUAUUUUAACGUGCUAAAUAUAAUAGCGUUUUCUCGAAGCCGAAAGUGUAAUUUUUUUUCUCUUCCGUUACAUCUCUUGAACAUCCGGUGAGAAUACAGGCCGAAAUGUCCUGGCUAUGUAACGAACAAGCAACAUUUUAUGUUAUCUCAAGGUGAUUUUGCCCCAAUAAGAUACUUUUUGAUAAACUUUAAUACUUCGAUCGUAUACAGCCCGAUCGAUCAAUCCAUAGCAAUUGCGACGAUAUUCUUCGAAAAAUCGAAAUAGUUAUCGCUGAUCAACACUUUGGUUUAGUACUAAUAUUCAAAUAAACGCUAAUAUCUGCAUAACAACUUCAA